AUGGAUGGAUGGGUGGAUGGAUGGUCAUCUUGUUCCUGUCCUUUUGUUGAUUACAAUAUACAGACAGUUUCGUUAAGAUCAUGCAGUGGAUUUUGUGAGGAAUUAGAGGAAGAAUUUUGUAUAUUAUCCAGUGAAUUUAUUUAUCAUGUCUCUAAUUGGCAGAAUAAACUAAAGGGAUUUACUGGGCAGUUAUCUGUACUGAAGCACUGCAUACUUCGAUUUUCCACAAAUUUCUGUUGCGAAGUUGGUAAAUCCCAUAUUUAUUUCAUUAUCUUGAAUAAACCACGUCUAAAUUACUUAAACAAAAAAAUUAUCCCAGAAAAACAAGUGACUUCUUGUGUAAAGAUUUUUACUAAAUUUAUAGCUAUUUUUACUGUUGUUCAGUUUCAUGUGAUAAAAUAA